AUUACAGUUAUUUUAAAUAUGAUGUCAUGACAUGACAAACUACGUGUUUCUAUGUUACACGAUGGCGAGAAGGCGGACUGUUUCACUGUCAGGUAGAAAGUCACCCUCUGAAGUAAUAAGAUGUUGCACCGUCUUUCGCUUGCGGCCGGGUUCAGUAAUUCAGUGGAGUCGGGUCGUGAGGAUGUGGUAAUCGGGUAGCAAUCCAGACACGCAAGCAGGAGCUGUUCUGUUUCGUUCGUUUUUUGCGUCCCCUGCAGUAAAUAAAUCCACUCGCCUUCCGCAUUCUGCCCGCGGUCUCUCUCAACCGAACCCGGUCUGGGAAAGAACCCCGCCCUUCGCUGCAACCGAUUGGUCGAUUUCCACGACCUCAUUAACAUACUCGUUCCAAUUCGAAUCCCACGUGUCGCCGGCCUCCGCGGCUUUGUACUCGGAUUGGACAGCGUGGCUCAUGAAUAAACACGCAGCCUCAUUAAUAUUAGAGAAGCGCCCAAAAGUCCUCCCUGAUUGGUCUUCCACGCUAUCAAUCGUGCUGCGCUCGGCAGGGCACCGGGUUAGGUUGGCUCUCUCAAUGAACCUGCUGCAGACGCAAUCAAACGCGGAGGCCUGACUGAAGCACCGUAGAUAUUAUUAAUUAAAAAAAAUAAAAAUAAACACAGUCAGAGAAAUAGGAGCCCGUGCGGUGGACUUUGCAAAAUAAAUACUUCUUAUUUAUUUAUUUAUUUAUUUUAAUUAACAUUUGUAAUGUAUGAAAAGCUGCGUCGUUUUGCAUGCAGAUUGAUAAUAUUGCAGCAACGGGUAUAGUUCGAGCGACACCGGAGAUACACACGGAGUCGCACUGACCCGCCUGCGCUUUCUGUAAACGGUUUAGAUUACAUUGAAUUCGUGACCACCGGCUGCCCCCCUCCCCCCCCCGGUCUCCCUCUGCUGCAUCACCCCACACAUCGCCAGGCCGGUGCGGAAGAUGAGACAGACGGCCGGGUGCUGGCUGCUGUUAUCCGGGCUGCUGGCUCUCUGCGGAGCCAGUGGCGCGCUGUCCAGCCUGGCAGACCAGGUCAUCUGGGCGGUUAACUGCGGCGGAGAGGCGCACACGGACACCCACGGGAUCCAUUACAAGAAAGACCCCCUGGAAGGGAAGCUCGGGAAAGCUUCGGACUAUGGGAUGCGUUUGCCGAUCCUGCGCUCCAGCCCCGAGGAUCAGAUCCUGUACCAGACGGAACGCUACAACGAGGACUCCUUCAGCUAUGAGGUGCCGAUCCGCGAGGAGGGCGAUUACGUGGUGGUGCUGAAGUUCGCCGAGGUUUACUUCGCACAGUCCCAGCAGAAGGUGUUUGAUGUGAAGCUCAACAGUCACUUUGUGGUGAAGGACCUGGAUAUCUUUGAUAAGGUGGGGCACAGCACUGCCCACGACGAGAUCGUCCCCUUCAGCAUCGUCAAGGGCAAGCUGAGCGUCAACGGAGAGGUGUCCACCUUCAACGGCAAGCUCACCGUGGAGUUCGUAAAGGGUUACUACGACAACCCCAAGGUGUGCGGGCUCUACGUCAUGAAGGGAACCCUGGAAGACGUGCCCAAGCUGCAGCCUCACCCGGGCCUGGAGAAGAAGGAGGAAGAGGAGGAGGAGGAGGAGUAUGAGGAAGGAGGGGAGGGGAAGAAGACGCCGGCCGCCAAGCACCGUGUCCAGUCCGGCCCCCGCACCCCCAACCCCUACGCAGCCGACAACAGCAGCCUCAUGUUCCCCAUCCUCGUGUCGUUCGGAGUCUUCAUCCCCACGCUGUUCUGUCUCUGCCGUCUGUGAGUUCACAACAUGAUAUUGAAAAAUGACCCCUUCACCGUGAUGCUUCAGCUGACUGCGUCCUUACUCUGCUUCACCGACUAGGAACCUGAACUGCAGUUCUGUUUCCAGACUGGGUCUGCUUGGAGGGAGGAGACAUGCUUUCUUUCUGGGUGUGUGUGUGUGUGUGCGUGCGUUUCUGCGUGUGGUCUGUGUCUAUGAGAGUGACUUGAUGGUGCUGUUAUGAUGUGCUGUGAAUACAGUGGAGAUGGACGCUGUCUAAAGCACCAUGCCUUCAGGACAGUGCUUGUGGACCCCUGUGCGUCUCCGUUGGCUCUUCACCUGCUGAAUGGAAUCGAGGAGCUGAGAGACAUUGAAGAAAGAGGUCCUGCCUGCUCUGCAGACUGGGGGACUAUCCCUUCAAUCGGAUUGGUACAGAGGUGGGCAGGCUGUCUGCUCCGACGCAUCCUAUUGGCUGCCUCUACCUUGGGGGGGGGGGGGGGGGGGGGGUUGUUAAGAUAAAGCCUCAGGCUAAAGGACUAACAGGACGUUCAGUGUUUUUGUUUUUUUUACUUCUGUUGCAUCCUUUCCUCCCUCUCUUGCAAGGUAUAUUACCCUGGGAAGUGGAAAAGGUGCUGGAUGACAGUUAUUUUUUAUUUAUUUAUUUUUGUCUUAUUUUCUUUUCUGCCUGUAGUAGUAAGGUAACAAUUGCCUUUUUGGAAAUGGAAAUGGAAGGGUGUGCUGUGUCUAAAACACCGCAGUAAUACUGCAGUGUACACAAACAGCUGCUGUUGAGUAGCCACAACUCUAGAUUCCAAGCCCACCCUACCUCCCAGCCCGCCUCUUGCCAUACAGAACGACGACAUACAAAGAGACCUUGAUUAUCGCCAAACACCCCGUUAUCCAAACCGAGUGAGUUUCCUGGGUUGUUCGGACCCUGCGUCUGCCUAGAAGCCUUAACCUCAACCAGGGUCUUUCCAGGGGCUGCAUUGCCAGCCUAGCCCAAGUACUGCCCCUCCCUGCCUCUAGGGGGUGCAAGAGGCUAGUCUGCCCCCACACCCGCGUGCAACCUUUGAACUGGAGAUGUUUAUCCCAGUUACGUAUGGUACGGUUGCAAGCUGUCGGGUAUGUGCUUUGAUAUAGAAUAGACUGUCAAUCUGUAUUGGGUCUAGAAUACAUGCAUGCAUACAGCACCUUGCUGUGGAGCAGCCACCUCCUCCCCUAGACUGUGGACAGCCUUAAUCCGUCAUCCCAUGGCUGCUCCCCCAGAGCUAAGCCUUGCUCCAGUCGUGCCAAUCUCCUCUUUAUUGCAAGGGGCUGUGCCUCCCCACCUUCCAUCCCUGCCUCCCUGCCUGCCUGCCUGCCUGCCUGCCUUGCAGACCACACUGCAGUUGCUCCAGACUCCCUGUCCAUUUGGGCGCUUUUCUUUAUUUUUGAUUUUAUUUUUAUGCAAGGAACUUGGUGAUGGUUUUUUUUUUUUCUCUCACAUUGGGUUGCAAACGGUACUGUAAAUAAAUCUUAAUAUUUGACUUGGGAAUUCCCUCAUUCUCCCGCAUACAGAAUACUUCACUUUUUUUUUUUUAGAUUUUUUUUUAAAUAAUAAAUAAUAAUAAUUGAAAUGUCAUGUCAUUAAUGAAGGAAUGUUUCCUAGGUGGGUGCUUGUGUUUUUAAGCAUGUUAAAUCGAGUUGCAGCCUGCACAUGCGGGUUAUACAUCUCAGUACUGCGUUGUGCACUACAAUCUCCAAAACACUGGUUUCUACCGCACGGCUCGCCCUGCUGCUGUCCGGUACAAAGGUUUUAAACAGACCUGCUGUGUCGGUGGCAUGUAUUUUAGUUUGUCCACCUCCUGUAAUAUAAUCAAUGUAGCCAGACAUGCUGUUUGUGUAGCUGUGUCGGUCCUGCUUGACUGUGGGUCUGUGUGUGCGAGGGGCGGACACAGAUCUGCUGUGUGUGUGUGCGAGGGGCGGACACAGAUCUGCUGUGUGUGUGUGUGCGAGGGACGGACACAGAUCUGCUGUGUGUGUGUGUGUGCGAGGGGCGGACACAGAUCUGCUGUGUGUGUGUAUGCGAGGGACGGACACAGAUCUGCUGUGUGUGUGUGCGAGGGGCGGACACAGAUCUGCUGUUUUUGGGGUUUUUUUUGCCUGAUCCAGUGGUUUAGUUUGCAGGAGCCCUCUCUUCAGAGAGGAAUUGGGAACGGUGAGAGAGCUCAGGAUUUAGAGAGGUUGAGGAGGCAGACACCUUUUCAAAUAAAAAUAAAAUAAAUAACGGAUGGUAAAAAUUAAGAAAUGUUACCUGCAGCUUGGGCAAGAUGUAUUUAUUAUCCUGAAGGAGCUUUGAAGAACAGUUGUGAUGAUGUUCAUCCUUCUUUUCAAUGUUUGAGUUGCAUUAAUUUAUUUUUAAGAUGAAUUCUGUCCCUUAUUUCACAGGGUUAGUGGUUGGGUGAUUGGGAUUCAGGACCUGUAAUGUUCAGGGAAGAAAGAACGAAUCCUGUGCUGGCGCACAUACAGAUAGAUUGUAGCAGUUCCCAGCAGCCUCUGACUGGUGUCGGUUUGGGUCCCCUGGAAGGUCCCCAGUGCAGAGACAGUCUCCAGAUUAGCACACGCCCACACAGCGUGCCAUUGGCUGUUGUUUCUCAGCUAUUGGGUGCCUGUCGUUCCUGAAUGUGAACUCCAUUCACUGCCCUGACUGACUGUGCCCAGAUCACCUGUUUACACUGUAGCUGUUGAUUACAAAAAAAUGCCGCUUUGAAACAAUUUUUGUUUGUUUGUUUUGGCACAAUAGGAGUAUUUGUCAUUUUUUGCUUUUAAUCAGUGCUUUAAUCACAUUUUUUCAGAAAGUGCUUUUUUCCCAAAGAAAUGCUGCCAUGUUGUCUCUCCUGUCAGCCAGCCACAGAUUAUUAACCAGGCUGAUAAUCACGCUGCGGAUGCUGGCUACUGUAAAUGUCUCCAUUAUUACUUUGAAAUGUUUAAUUAAAAAAAAAAAAAACAAACAAAAAAAACGAUUAGCUUUUUUGUUAAUUUUUAUUAACAUUAUUAUUUUAUUUUCUCUCAGGAUCUUGGGUUUGAGGGGUUAUGCUGUUUUUGGUGUUAAUUUUGCACUGUGGUGACCUUUUUUAUUUUUUAUUAGCAGUGUGUUACAAAAACAAAAUGUCAAUCCAUUUUUACAUGAGUCCAUUGUUCAUAAAAAGAUGCCUUUAUGUCUUGAAUACAUGCACGUGUGCUUUAA